GAAGCUGACAUCAGACUUGUUAAAACCGCUAAAAAUAAAGUAACUGUUGUUGAAUGGCGCCACUUAAGAUAUGCAAUUCGCCUUGGGUAUUUGGUUUUACGACGGCGUUACUUUUUAAUAGUUAGUUGUUUUCUUCUCAUUUCACCAUUUUCUGUAAAACGUCAAAAAGCAAAAAGAGACCCGUCCAUUUGGCAAGAGCAUAAAAGACAUUUAUUAAAUGCUUUUAAGCCUAUACAUUUCUUUUAGUAGUUUGAAAACAUAAAUAAUCUGUAAAUUUUAACGAAAAAUUGCAAGUACACCUAAGCGUAGUGAAAUGGAACAGGAUUGUGGCGAAGAUAUGGGAAACCAAGACGAACAAAUAAAAAAUGUUGCUGAAAAAGGGAAAGUAAAGCAUCAAGGUGACGAUAACGUUAGCAUAGAGAACAAUGGAAAUGAAAACCAAGCCGUAUCUGAUUUGCCUCGUACGCAGAUCGACUCUGCGAGUUCAACCAUAGAAAUACCAGAAUGCAUUAAUGAAGGUUCGCCGACGGUGCCGCAAGUAGAAACAAAUAACAUCAGCAUCGAUUCAGAAAAACAGAGCGCUGCGAGUUUAGGUAAAAAAAAUGAUGAACAAGAAAGUUUCACUCAAGAAAUUGUCACGCUUCAAGAAAAAACAAAAAAAUUGCUCUUCAAAUUAGGGUUACAUCGACAUGAACUGCAGCGGCAGAUUACUGCUGUUUCUCAGUCGCCCCAAACUUGCCAUGCCAAUGAUAGGUUGGCAGCGAAAGCAAUGACUACUCUGCGUGUCAACACUUCUUGUAAUGUUGAUCACUCGGAAAGUACAAAUACAGCGACACACUCCGCUACUGAUAUUAAUCUAAAACCGGGAAAUUCAACAGUUGAAUCUCGGCGCACCACACGGCGAGAGCUUCAGGAACAAUUGGAGGGCUUACAAGAAUUGCUUCAUCAAUUAACUCUAAAGAACCCGCAGCUAAAGGACCGAGUGCAAGAAUUAGCGCAAAGUAAUCCCAAGCUACGGCAACUUGAUAUUUUUACAACAGGACUAAAAAAAGAUUGUACAACAGUUGGUGCUAGUAUUCAAACACCUCACACUUCAAAACAAAGGCGAGAAUCAGAGGUUUCUAGUUCUAGCACAACAACAUCGCAAAAAGACACAAAGGAUAGCGCCAAUAGCGUUCAAGGAGCCUAUCGAAAGCGCAGCCAACGGAAGCGCAAAAAUAAGGCAAUCAAACCAGCUAAAAGCCAGGCGAGUGAAAUGGAAUCGUUGAGUAAAUACAUAAAUAACAUUGUGAGCGACUACUUGGGUGUAGAUCAGAAAGAAAAAGCCAAUGAAUUAGAAUUCAAAGGUACAUUCGAGGAUUUGGAGGCCCAUGCACAGAAAUUAGUGCAAGCUGGAAUAGGGCGCAUUGUUGAAGAAGAAAUAAGAAUUAACCGCAAGAACAACCGUCAGUCAUUCAUUACUAUGUGUGGAGAUCGGGAAGGCACUGAACGUGAUGGCAUUAUCUUAUUGCCUGUAGCACGCCGGUAUGCCUUCGAUGGUGAUACAGUGCGAGCUUUUGUUAUGAAUAUAGGAACUGCCUCACCACCUACUAACGUAAAAAAUGGAACUGCCCUCAAGGCUGAAAAAAAUAGAGAAGCUGUAGAAUCUGCAAUUAAGGGAGGAAAGGAAAAUUCUUUUUGUCUGGCUGACGAUGAAGAUCCAUUUGAUGAUACUGAAUCACCCGAUUCUGAUGUCGAUGUUGACCCUAAUGAAUUAGACGCCUCCGCUGUUAUAGUGCCAGAUAAUUGCCCAAAAUCCUUCGUCAUCUCUAUCGUUAAACAGACGCAGUUGCAUGAAGUGGUGGGCACUAUUUCCUUCAAAAAUUCUAUGAAGCUAAAUGACGAAACUAAAUAUUACAAAUUAAAACCGUACGACAUGCGCGUACCAAUGGUAUACAUUCCAGUAGAGGCAUGUGCUUCACAUUUAACAUCCGACAAUAAGGCUGAUAUUUGCGGGUUACUAUAUUUAGUGCGAAUUACUGGAACUGAUAUUAAUGGCCAUUGCAUUGGCGAAUUAAUACAUCCAGUAGGAAAAGUUGGAAAUAUGGAGGCGGAAAUGAAGGCAAUACUUCUUCAUAAUGGAUUAAAGAAUAUAAAACCUUUUGAGCAACGCUUCAAUGAUGUAUAUGCACAACCCGAUCCAGCCAUAAGCGCAACGGAUUUGCACGGGAGGGAGGAUUUACGUGGAAAAUGUGUUUUCACUAUUGAUCCACUGACUGCGCGCGAUCUUGACGAUGCCGUCUCAAUGGAGCGUUUGGGCGACGAUUUAUACGAAGUCGGUGUUCAUAUAUCCGAUGUAACUCGGUACUUGCACGAGGAUAGUGAGCUAGAUAAUAUUGUUAAAGAACGGGCUACCUCUAUAUAUUUGGUGAAUGAAGUUAUUCACAUGCUGCCUCAAAAAUUAUGUUUUAAGUGCUCUUUACUGCCGGGCGAGGAUAAAUUCGCAUUCUCAGUUUUUUGGCACAUGAAUAUUGGAGGCGAAAUCCUGGGUCAACCGCGUUUUACACGUACAGUUAUUAAUUCAUGCGUUCAGCUUGCUUAUGAACACGCACAAAAAGUAAUUGACAAUCCGGAUGAAGACUUCGAGGCCGACGAUUUCCCAACGAUUUGCAAUGGCUUUAGUGUGCCCGACAUCUGCUGGCGCAUUAAAAUUUUAAAUACAAUAGCCAAACAAUUACGUCAGAAGCGUUUCGAUGGUGGCGCGUUAUCCAUUAACAAUCCAAAGCUACGUUUUAAUUUAGAUCCAAAAACUGGAGAGCCGUUGAGCUAUGAAAUAGACGUUCGUCAAGAUGCUAAUUUGUUGAUUGAAGAAUUUAUGUUACUGGCAAAUCAAUCAGUUGCACGUUUCAUAUACGAUCGAUUUCCAAAUAUAGCUAUCCUCCGCAACCAUGCGGCACCGCUUUCGAAAUCGAUGAAAAAUUUACGCGAAAAAUUGGCCGGCUUGGGUAUGGAGUUGGAUUGUUCUAAUUCGAAAACGGUUUAUUCCAGCAUGCAAAAAAUUUGUCGAGAGGCAAAAGAUCCCCAGGCAAUGGAUGCUUGUUUGAGCGUCUUGCUCACAAAGCCAAUGGCACGCGCUAAGUAUUUCUGUAGUGAAGGCAAAUCAGAGGGAGCUGACUUGUGGCACUACGCUCUUUCAAUACCCAUAUAUACGCACUUUACUAGUCCAAUUCGUCGCUACCCGGAUAUUCUUGUUCAUAGAGUGCUUGCUGGUGCUUUAAAUUACUGCCCGCCUCCCAAGCGUACCCCUGAUGAACUGCACAUGCUUGCCAAAAUUUGUAAUGACCAAAAAUAUAAUGCUAAAAAUGCUGGAGAUGAAUCCAUUAAUCUCUUCUUUAAACGUUACAUCAAAGAAAAACAAUCAAUUGUGUUGCGAGCUGCGGUUACGGAGGUCUUUCAGCAUCUUUUAAAUGUGAUCACUAUUGAAACUGGACACUCAAUCAGUAUUAAUUAUAAAAUGCAAAAGGUGUUAGUUGAUACAUCAAAUGCCCCCGCAUAUGUACUAAUUUCUGAGCGGAAUUCAAAGAAUCCACCCGUAAAAUUGCAAUUAUUCUCCACCCUGGAAAUAAAACUAGUUAUCUGGGAUGAGAAAGUUUGUGGCUUCUUCGUUUCUCCGGAUCUUAAGCAACGUCAAUUUAACAGUAUUGAAUUGUCGAAGAAAAAACAACAAACUAGUAGCGCUAAUAAUUCUAUAAGUGAGUGUAGUGGCACACGGAAACAGCGUCGCACGUCGCAACGUUCAGCGCAAGAGUUGAAUAAUAUACAAUCGGAACAACAUGCAGCGACAGCAAACGCGAAAUCGAAAUCAAAACAUAAUAAUGAGAAGCGUAUCUACGCCGUACAACCCGAUAACGAAAGUAAUUAAAAUUGGACUGAACUUAUUCAAGUUCCUUUUUACAAACCCUGACAUAAACUAAAACGCAUACAUUACAAUACACAAUUUGAUACUAAACCAUCUAUUAAUUUCAAAAUAAAAAUUUUUUGGACUCUGGCUGUCAUGCCUUACUUAAACCCAUGACACAAUAUACAAACACACAAAUGCUUACGAACACACACGGAUUUAUGGUGAAUUUGGUCAAAUUCUGGUGCUACGCCCUCGCAUGUAAUGUGUAUUAAUUUUUUAGCCUUUGUAACAUAUAUACAUAAUUGAACGUACACAAAUUUUUAAUUGUUACCAACGGUUUCCCUGUGGGAACAGUUUUAAAGG